CGGCAGGAGACAAGGGGAGGAAGAAAGGCGAAGGCAAGGCGAAGGGGUGGGGAGUGAUAUGAAGAGAGAGAGAAAAGAGAGGACAGCGGACGAGCAGAUCUGGUAUCUGGAAUCCCGGCGCCUAGAACGUGUUUUUCGGGAGAGCAGAGGCAGUGUCUACGGCAGGCUGGGGAUAUAGUCAGCCUGAUGCCUAGGGGCUGUGGCAGUCCAGCAGGCCUCACAGGGGUAGAAGAGGGCCUCAAAUGAUGGCUGAGCUUGGAGAGGGCGGUAGUUUUGGAAAGAGCGGGAGUUCUUGCCCUGGGAGAAGAUGGAGGCAUAGCGUGCAGCCUGCCUGGGCACCUGGAAUGUGGACUGGUACAGCUUGGGUUCCCUGUGCUGGGGAGGCUGAAAGGCCUCUCCUUCUGAUGAAAAGAGAAAGGAAGAAUGGACUACAGCCACCAAACAUCCCUAGUCCCGUGUGGACAAGAUAAAUACAUUUCCAAAAAUGAACUUCUCUUGCAUCUGAAGACCUACAACUUGUACUAUGAAGGCCAGAAUUUACAGCUCCGGCACCGGGAGGAAGAAGACGAGUUCAUCGUGGAGGGGCUCCUGAACAUUUCCUGGGGCCUGCGCCGGCCCAUUCGCCUGCAGAUGCAGGAUGACAACGAACGCAUUCGGCCCCCUCCGUCCUCCUCCUCCUGGCACUCCGGCUGUAACCUGGGGGCUCAGGGAACCACCCUGAAGCCCCUGACUGUGCCCAAAGUUCAGAUCUCAGAAGUGGAUGCCCCGCCGGAGGGUGACCAGAUGCCAAGCCCCACAGACUCCAGGGGCCUGAAGCCCCUGCAGGAGGACACCCCACAGCUGAUGCGCACACGCAGUGAUGUUGGGGUGCGUCGCCGUGGCAAUGUGAGGACGCCUAGUGACCAGCGGCGAAUCAGACGCCACCGCUUCUCCAUCAACGGCCAUUUCUACAACCAUAAGACAUCCGUGUUCACACCAGCCUAUGGCUCUGUCACCAACGUCCGCAUCAACAGCACCAUGACCACCCCACAGGUCCUGAAGCUGCUGCUCAACAAAUUUAAGAUUGAGAAUUCAGCAGAGGAGUUUGCCUUGUACGUGGUCCAUACGAGUGGUGAGAAACAGAAGCUGAAGGCCACUGAUUACCCGCUGAUUGCCCGAAUCCUCCAGGGCCCAUGUGAGCAGGUCUCCAAAGUGUUCCUAAUGGAGAAAGACCAGGUGGAGGAAGUCACCUAUGACGUGGCCCAGUAUAUAAAGUUCGAGAUGCCGGUACUUAAAAGCUUCAUUCAGAAGCUCCAGGAGGAAGAAGAUCGGGAAGUAAAGAAGCUGAUGCGCAAGUACACCGUGCUCCGGCUAAUGAUUCGUCAGAGGUUGGAGGAGAUAGCCGAGACCCCAGCAACAAUCUGAGCCAUGAGAACGAGGGGAUCCGGGCACCCCAGGAACCGCCAUUGCCCAUAAGACCCCCAGGAAGCUAGGCACUUUCUUUCCAUGGAAACAUUUAGACACAAACCUCCCCAGCUCCAGCCAAGCCAUCAAUUGCUACCUGGAGCUGGAUGUAGAAGUCAGCAGACAGCUCCCUAUCCCUGGACCCCUGCCCUCCUUUUUUCUGCUCACAAGGACUUUUGAUUUUAGUUAUAAGGAGGACCCAAAAUGUGUGUGUGUAUAUGUGUGUGCACGCAUGGUACGUGUCCAUGUGCCUACCUGAUACUUUCACAUGUAAUUAAAUUCCAGGCAACCAGCACAAGAGCCGUGAGCUUGGCACAUGUGCUGCUCGUGAGCAGGAAAAUCAGAGGAGCCACUGAUCUGAGUGGUAUUUAGGUUGAAGGAAAGAUUUCUCCUCUCAAGUGCCAGGGAGCAGCCACAUAUCUGCCUGUGUUUAGAAAGGGAAGAGGGUUCUCCAGGUUCACCAUUUGGGUUGUUUAUAUGUUGGUAGAAAUCCUCCCUGUAUGCCUAGAAGGAUCAGUGAAUGUAAGAGCCUUGGAAAUUAACAAAAUAACAGCCACAUAACCUGCGGCAAGUCUGAUGGAAAGAAAAAGAUAAACCAUCUGUGGGGUAGAUGCAAUAAGCCCACAUAUUUUUACACUGGAAACCGUGAUUGUUUUAAAUGACAAAGACAUAUGUGAUGUUCUAUGUGGAAACCUGUGAAGAGUGGAUUCUGCCUCCAUCUCUGCCUCCAUGGCUACCUUUAGGAGACAGAGAAGAUCCUGUGUGUUUCUCUGUACCCAGCUGACAGCCUAUCUCUCUGGCGCUUCCUUGAGUGGAAGGAAAUGUCUCAAGAAACAAAGAUCUCGCUGGUGUGUACACAGUGCUGACCAGCUAGUGUGGCCAGGGCCUGGUGGCCUGGUGGCCAGGAAGUUUCAGGUUGAAGGGAAAUGUCGAGGCUACCUGCAGAAAUGACAGGUACCUUGAAUGCAGCCCAUCUUCACAUCAUCAAAAGUCUUCCUGCACUUGAAGCUGGGGCGAUGUUUGCCGUCAAGACUUCAUUCUUUCCAACCUCUGGGUUCUUGCAAGUUGCCCUCACCUUGUGUGGGGAGAUGCAUUCCAAGAAUGAAGCCUCAUCUUGCUACUGAGUGUGGGGUUCAGGGAAGCUCUUUAGGCCACCUGGUGAAGAUGCAUGGGGAGGAUGGAGCUUCUCCUCAGCUCCUAUGAGCAGCCACCUAUGUGAUCUUUAGAUCCAACCCCAAUGGGAGAAAAGGGCAAGAACAGUCUGUGCCCUGGGACUCCCAUCAGGAAGCUUGACAGGCAGCUGGGCAUCAGUGCAGCUGAUAUCGUUUGAGGAGGGAGACAGAUGCUUGGACCUGGGUGCCUGGCUGUGGAGAUCGACCAAGCAAGACCAGGAGCUCCUGAUAGCAGGCGUCUCUGAGCCUAGCUGGGGUAGAGGCACCGCCCAUCUCUUCUCCACCUUCUCUCCACGGAAUGUUUGCAGAGCUGGGCAGUUGAGGAAAGGACAGCCCCUGGUUGGUGCCUCCAAAGGAAGGUGGACCUUUUUGGUGGAGAUGUUUCUGCCCUGGGCACCCUCCUGCCCCUCAUUCAUAGCUAUGGCUUCUUUAGAAGGCUCACAGCUGUAGUCUUAAUGUAGACUGCAAAAAGAUGGCAUGCUGCCCCUGGCAUUUCACCAGGGGUUUUAUAGCAAGUCUCCUUCCUCCAUAGGGACAGCAGCACCAGCCCUGUGGGGCAUGGAGUGGAAACCCAGAAGGGCUUCUGCAAACUGCACAGAAUUGGGGUAAGAAGACAAAGAGUGGGCACCGGGAGAGGCUUCCUUUGUUACAGCUGGGAAAGAACAGUUCUGUGAAUGCAAACACCUCCUGAGUUUUGCAAUUGAGAAAAUGAUUUGGAGAACUUCUCUUCUGCUAAUUUUUAUUUUGAAUGUUCAAGGCCUUAGUCGGCCCCAGUAAUUCUCCUUGGAGGACUUGGGAGAAGAAUUUCCACAAAGCAGACUACUAACCACUAGCUCUUAUUGGAUAGCGAUUUCUGGCUUGUAAGAGUUCUCUUUGAUUUGCACUGGCACUACGAUAGUGUUAAAUGGGGAAAUACUGCAACAUGUCCAGUUGGCCAGAUCACUUUCCAAGGGAGCAAUACUAAGGCAGACUCACCUUUUUAAAGAUGGGAGGUCAGGGGGUGGAAGUGAGAGGAGAUCCCAUCUCACACAACACACUUCCACAUAAUGCAGACCACACUUUUCCAUUUUGUCCUGCCCUCUUUAGAGGUCAUUUCUCACGUCCUAAGAACCUGAUCAGAAGUUUUGGAAGGGUUCUUUGAAAUAGCAGAAGUUGAAACAGAGACGCUUUGCCACAGUGUGGAGCAGAUUUUCUCACUGGUAUCACAUGGUCUUGCGGUUUUGAACUCUUCGACCGAUUUGUGGGAGUUUAUGUAAUUGCGUGCAAUGAACCUGAAAUUGUGUAAAGAACAAAAGCCCAGUUUAUAGGGUUGGGUUUUUUUUCCAACUUGUGAAAAGCAGUUUAGCUGCAUCUGUCUCCCCGCCACCCCCACCCUGGGAGGGGCUUAUGUUACAAAGUGAUCAAGUGAAAGAAAAACCUGAGCCUAUCUGGCUGGGAUGGUGGAAUUAAGCACAAGGUCACAUUCUCUGUGAUCACAUGAGAGGGAAGGUGAUGACUUAAAUGGUGGGGGGUGAGGAUUAUCUUGGGGAGAGGCUGAAAAGCACAAAAGAUAGUCUUGCCUGUACGUAUUGGUGAAGAACGUGCACAAGGCUGGACGGACUUCAACUUGGGGUUGAGUUGAGGCAAGAGGAUUUCUGGAUAUUAGUCACCCAUCUGCAAGAAAAAUGCUGAGGCCUCGGGUCAAGAUUUUGAUCUGAGACAUGCUCAUGCUUCAAGGAGAAAUAUUUUCACAAUCCUCUCUUCCCUCACCAAAAGAAAACAGUACUCUCUCCUAGAAACCUCUAGGUAAACACAUUUUAUCCUAAUAUCGGUAGCAUAUAAUGCCCCCCAAAAAAAUCUGUUUUCCAUGCAAAAAAAUCUCAACAAGAAGUCUGUGGAGUUGAGUGGUUACUUCAAAGUGUCAGGAGGGUGGAGAGAGAAAUUGGCCACAGAAGAGCAGGAAGCUCUCUUAAGAAAACGGAAUUCUCUUUAAAGAAACCACCACCACCAACAAAACAACCAAAAACCACGUUUAUGUCAAAGCUCUGUAGCACAGAGAAUGUGGUGUCAUAGAUACAUCGCCGAGAGAGAUUUCUUUCUUUCUUUCUUUUUUUUUUAUUUGAGACAGAGUCUGGCUCUGUUUCCCAGGCUGGAGUGCAGUGGUGCGAUCUCAGCUCACUGCAACAUCUGCCUCCAGGGUUCAAGUGAUUCUCCUGUCUCAGCCUCCCAAGUAGCUGGAAUUACAGGGACCCGCCACCACGCCCGGCUGAUUUUUUUUGUGUGGUUUUAGUAGAGAUGGGGUUUUACCAUCUUGGCCAGGCUGGUCUUGAAUUCCUGACCUCGUGAUCCACCCGCCUAUGCCUCCCAAAGUGCUGGGAUUACAGGCGUGAGCCACUGCGCCCGGCCAAGAGAGAGAUUUCCACAUGAAUAAGGCAAUUUCAGUGUCUCACAGUAGCCAAACCAUGAUGUGAAGAAUGAGAUAGGAGACAGGAGAUCACCAUGAGCGUCCCUGAUAUAGCAGCACACAUUUUCACGUUUCCACUAAAAUUGUUUUGCACAAAGUCUUGCUUCACUCAGAUGGGAUAUGAUUUCCUAGAGAUGUAAAAAUAAGAAUGAAUGUGGCACCCCCUUCUUCCAGAUGUAAUAGAAAGCUUUGCCCUAUCACAAGGGGGUGUUUAAGUGCCCCUUGUGUUUUAACUGUAUUUAACUGAGCACAAGAUGCACAAGCUAUGGUGGGAAACCCUCAGUUUACCUUUGGAGUCUUCCCUGCAGAUCGCAGAACUGUUUCUAGUCUGAUGUUUCUGGUGUGUAAUUGCUAGUGUUUCUGAAGGGUUUUCCCAAUUGUUUUAGCCUUGUGAAGUAUUCCUUACUUAAUUAUAACUUGCCUUUCAGCAAUGGUACAUGACUUGAUUCAAUGUUUGGUUCUGAACUUAUACACUGAUGCGUUUACUCAUCUAACAUAACCUGACAAGGCCUCAGUAAGGGAGCCAUACAUUUUUGUAACAUUUUGAUAUGUUUUAAUGCACCUGACUUAGAUCUUACUGAAAUAAAGCACUUUUCAAAGAGA